AUGCCUCUUGCAGCGCGCACUGUACUGGUGACUGGUGCAUCCCGUGGCCUUGGGCUGACCUUCGUCAAACAGCUGAUCAAGCUUCCGUCUCCGCCCGAGGUUAUCAUAGCAACAUGCCGUAAUCCCAGCGGGGCGUCAGAGCUACAGGCUUUGUCCCAGGCCAACAGUUCAGUCAAGGUGGUGAAGCUGGACGUGGAGAAAGAUGAGGACAUUGAGGAAUGUGUGAAGACAACGACAUCCGCAGUCGGGGAGAAAGGCCUCUCUCUACUCAUCAACAACAGCGGCAUCUUUGAACCUGUGGGCACUAAGUCCAGGGAUGUGGAUGUGAGCAAAGGCAAGGAUGACCACGAGAAGGGACAUCUGACGGUCACUAAGCUGUUUGGGGGAAGCCUUGAGGACCAAUCACGUGCUCUGAUGCAGAAGCAUUUCAACGUGAAUGUUACAAGCCCAAUCAUUCUGGUUCAAAAGUUACUUCCCUUGUUAAAAAAGGCAGCGGCACAGAAGUCGAGUGAUCCUCUCAGCUGUAGCCGUGCCGGUGUCGUCAACAUCUCCGCUCUGCUAGCGUCACAGGACUUCACACAAAACUAUAGGGGAGGAGUAAGCUUACACUAUAAAUGCUCUAAGACAGCUCUAAACAUGGCGACCAUUAUGCUUGAUCAUGAGCUACGAGAUGCUGGGAUACUCGUGACGUCUAUACAUCCAGGCUGGGUGAAGACAGACAUGGGCACUGAUCUGGGUCAUAUGACUGCAGACGAGAGUAUAGCUGCAUGUCUGGACACCAUGGCCAAAGCAGACGUGAAGUCAGCGGGAAAGAUGCUAAACUUUGAUGGAAAUGUUCUUACAUUCUGAUUUUGUUACUGUUACUGAAACUGCUCCUUCCCCAAUGCGAAUGUGUUUCAUGUAUAUAUAAUCAAGUCCUCAGAGUAAGACAAAUUAGUCGUACAUCAUGUCCCUUUUCAAAAUGCUGUACAGCAGAGUCUUAACAUUAACCCUAUCCGUACACCCUGGGGUCAUUUUGUACCCCUGGGGUUGUAUUUUUCACACUUUAGAAUACUUCUAGUAUGAAAAUCUC